AUGUUCAAGCCAGUAUUCUAUGUACUAGUGAUUCAGCUGACUUUAUUCAGCUACCUUAACAUCGAUUUAUGUUCAUGUUAUCAAUUUUCAGAAAGAGAAGUUAUUCGUCAACUGUUAACUAACUAUGAACCAGCAAGUCGACCUGUCAAACUGGGCAAUGAAACACUCGAGGCAUCUGUACAAGUGAUUUUACAACAAGUAGUUGAUUUAGAUGAGAAAAAUCAAAUUCUACUGACUUCAUUGUUAGUUCAACUGAAAUGGAUCGAUCAAACCAUCAAGCAUAGAAUGUUACAAUUGUAUAAACACAAUGAAUUUGAAGAUCGUUUAACCAGUCUUGUACUGCCAUCAUCACGUGUUUGGACACCGGAUUUAUAUGUGUAUAAUAAUGCAGAUGAUGGUAAAAAUGGACUGCUGGAUGUUCAACAGAGUAGAGUACGUGUUAGUAAAGGAGGUGAAGUGACUUGGAAUCUGCCUGUCAGCGUACGGAGUUCAUGUAAUGUAGACGUGUUAUACUUUCCAUUCGAUCAUCAAAUGUGUGAUAUACAAUUGGCUUCCUGGACCUAUGACCAGAGUCAACUAAAGUUGAAUAUUGUACCAGUCAAUACAAGCAUAAUGCUGAACAAAUUAAUUGAAAACGUUGAAUUAGCUGUACCAGAAUUGAAGAUUUAUCAGGAUUAUCGGAUUACCGUCGGUGGACAAAAUAUUACGCAAAUAAAUUUAAGAAUACACAUUUAUAGACGAGCUUUAUUCUACGCCUAUACCGUGAUUGCACCCAGUAUACUAUUAUGCGUAUUGACUAUAUUCAGUUUUUGGCUACCGAGUGGAAACGCAAGGAAAAUCGACAUGGGAUUAACAGUAUUUCUAUUCUUAUACUUUUUACAGGUAAUGAUUGCAGAGAAUACACCAGAGUCAAAUUCAACUCCAUUAAUUGGUACCUUCCUUACUAUGGUAAUGACAUUGAAUUCAAUCUCGUUAAUUUUCGCCACCACGGUAUUACACAUACAUUUACGUAGUAAAAGUGAACCAUGCCCAGAACCUCAUCCAUUAUUAUGGCUUCUUGUAACAAAGGUACUCGGUUAUUUGGCAAUGGUUCCAUAUACUGGAGAAAUUCUAAUCGACUCCAGUGUACGUUGUGAACAAGUUCAUAAUGGUGUUAAAAGUCGAACAAAAAGUAAUCUCAGUAAUAACACUGAUAAGAACAGAAAAGCGCUUGUAGAAGAAAUCUAUUUAUCUGAAAAUAACAGCACUAGGUCUUCAUUUGUUGCUGCUAGCAGAGAUAACCCGGAAAUUAUUGAUGAGCAGUAUAAUCAAACAUCUGUUUUAGCUAAAAAGCAGACUUUAAAAGAAGUGAAAAUCGCACGCUGGCUAUAUAUCGCAAGAGUUGUCGAUAGGAUAUUAUUUCAAGUGUAUUUAAUUACAACUCUAAUUUCAAUUUUCGUAUUUCUCAUCUAUUUACCUGCUUCUUAUGAUAAAAAGCUAUAG